AUGGUAGCAGCAAUGUCCUUCAAGACUAUCAACAAUGUCAUUGAGACUUGGGAAACGAUUCGAAGAAUGCCCGAAUGGGAGAAGGAGAUCGGGGUUGGUCUAUUUGCCAAAUUCUUCAAAAUGGAACCGGAAGCCAAGGCCAUCUUUGGAUUUCGUGAGGAUUUGGACGUUACUGAUUACAAAGUCCUGAUUAGUCCGCGAUUCGUCGCACAUGCCAUGCAAUUCGUCACUAUGAUUGACAAGGCAUUGAACAUGAUGGGCCCUUCCGAUGAAAUGUUGUCGGAAAUUCUUAUGGACAUUGGAGCCAAACAUGCCCGAUACGGUGUCAAGCCAGAAUAUUUUCCUACCAUGGGAAAAGCCUUGGUCUCUGUGGUGGGUUCUAAUCUUGGUGAAGAUGUUUUCACAAUGGAAGUGCAAGAGUCAUGGAUUGAGGUAUACAAUGCCAUGUCGCAUGACAUGAUUAAGGGUCUCGGCGAAGUUUACACGGUGAAAAAGAACGACAUCAGCACAGAAAUUGAGCCACAACAGCAAGUUGAUUCUGCGAUAUGGACAUAG